AUGGCUGUUCCUUUUACGCAAGGCCUGCAAAACGGCCUUGCCAAACCUACAUAUCGAACUGUCACUUCUCUUAGUCGAUGGUCGUGUCUCGCGACGCAUCCGCCUCCUGCCGAAAAGAUCAAGACGAUACACAUCUAUGACUUUGACAAUACGCUCUUCAAAACCCCGCUCCCGAAUCCCUCGUUAUGGAAUGGCUUGACAAUUGGGCUGUUAUCGAGUCCUGACACACUCAUCAACGGCGGGUGGUGGCAUGAUUCGCGAAUCCUCGAAGCCACGGGCGAUGGUGUGGAAAAGGAGGAGCAAAGGGCCUAUGGCGGGUGGUGGAACGAGAAAAUUGUCAAGCUUGUCCGCUUAUCCAUGAAGCAAGAGGAUGCGCUAUGCGUUCUCUUGACGGGCCGGUCAGAGCACGCCUACGCGGAUCUAAUCAAGAGGAUCUGCAAGAGCAAGAAGCUCGAGUUUGACAUGAUGGGCCUGAAGCCUCGCGUGGGCCCUCAGGAUGAACGCUUUGCCAACACGAUGGUGUUCAAGCAAGCUUUCCUCGAAGCCAUCAUGGAAACCUACAAGUUCGCCACGGAGAUUCGCAUCUACGAAGACCGACACAAGCACGUGAAGCAGUUCCGGGACUUCUUGACUGAUUACAAUACGCGGCAGGGCGGCGCCACUGGGAGACUAAUCAAACUAGCCCAGAUCCCAUCGGGUGUAGCUGAACAGGAACUCAAGUACCAUGCUAACAACAUCUUGAUUUGCCCCCGUCCCUGUCCAGCGAGCAUCCUCGAGAAGGUUGGCGGGAUGGGAAGCAAGAUGAAGUGGAUGGUCACAGGCACCGCCUGCCUAGAUAACAGCAUCUGGGCUGCCUGCCUACGGCCCGUUCCAGACACGGCCAAAUUCCACACGGACAACCCCUGCCCGCUUGUAGUGCUGGCGCUCCGUAAAGGGGCGAGGCCGAUUGACGCGGGCAAGAUCCAGAACUGGCAGCCCGUUCCAGCAGACAAGGCAUACGUUUUUGAGACCACGGUCAAGGAGAAAGUGCUCCUUCGAAUAGAAGCCGAGGACCCGAGGGAGGACGAGAAGAGUACCCACGAGGACCCAAGGAGCCCUAUCACGGUCCUAAUCAAAGGGGGCUUCCGCGGCCGUGGAGGAUACCGUGGAGGCGGCGGAAACCAACGCGGCCAUCGUGGUGGUGCGCGAGGCGCGGCGAGGGGUCGCGGCCGUGGCAACUUUUAUCGCUCUCUCGACGACGUCGACUCGAGGAACCAAUCCUUUGGUGGCGUCGACUAUGACGAGGGCCAGCAGAACCAGGGGUUCGGUGGUCAGGGCGCCAGCCGCCUACGCAGCCAGCCGCGCAUGGUAGGCCUGGUGGAGCUGCAGACUUGGGGAGUUACUACUAGAAGACCAUGA